UCUGGGCUUCCUGUUGGGGCUUCCUCUGAAUCCUGUGACACAAAGGCCCCAUCACUCUUACCGCAAAGAUGCUGCUAUUGCCACCACCGCUGCUGCUGCUGUCCCUGCUGUGCACAGGGUCCCUGGCUCAGCGCCGGGGCUACUUCUGGAUGGAGGUGCAGGAGUCCGUGACGGUGCAGGAGGGCCUGUGUGUCUGCGUGCCCUGCUCCUUUUACUAUCCCUGGAGCUACUGGAAUAAAUCUGUUCCAGCUCACGGCUACUGGUUCCGGGAAGGGGCCAGGAUCCACCAGGAUCCUCCAGUGGCCACAAACAACCCAGGUCGUGAGGUGCUGACGGACACCCAGGGCCGAUUCCACCUCCUCGGAGACCCCCGGACCUACAGCUGCUCCCUGGACAUCAGAGACGCACAGAGGAGAGACUCGGGGAAGUACUUCUUUAGGGUGGAGAGAGGACCUCACGUGAGACAUAGUUACACACAGAGCAUGUUCUCCCUGCGUGUAACAGCUCUGACACAGACACCCGACAUCCGCGUCCAGGGGAGCCUGGAAUCUGGCCGCCCCAGGAAUAUCACCUGUGCAGCGCCAUGGGCCUGUGAGAGGGGGACGCCCCACACCUUCUCCUGGAUCGGGCUUGCCCUCACUUCCCUGCACCCCGAGAGCCCCCAUUCCUCAGCACUCACCCUCACCCUGGGACCCCAGGACCACGGCACCAACCUCACCUGUCGAGUGACCUUCCCCGGAGCUGGCGUGAGCGCAGAGAGGACCGUCAGGCUCGACGUGUCCUAUGCACCCCAGAAGCUGACCAUCAGAGUAUUCUGGAAAGAAGGCACGGGACCUGAGACUCUGGGCAAAAGCCUAUCUCUCCCAGUCCAGGAGGGCCAGUUCCUACGCCUGGACUGUGUCGCCGACAGCAACCCUCCUGCCACGAUGAGCUGGACCCGGGGGAGCCUGACCCUGAGCCCCUCAAAUUCCUCGAACCCCGGGGUCCUGGAGCUGCCCCGGGUGGAACUGGGGGACCAUGGGAAAUAUGUCUGCCGAGCUCGGCAUCCGUUGGGCUCCAAGGAAGCAUCUCUGAGCCUCGUUGUGAAAAACCCCCCGCAGCUGCUGGGACCCUCCUGCUCCCAGGAGAAUGAGGGUCUGCACUGCAGCUGUUCCUCCCGAGCCCAGCCGGCCCCCUCCCUGCGCUGGCGGCUGGGGGCGGGGCUGCUGGAGGGGAAUUUCAGCAACGCCUCCUUCAAGGUCACCUCCACCUCGGCUGGGCCCUGGGCCAACAGCUCCCUGAGCCUCAGCGAGGGGCUCAGCCCUGGCCUCAGACUCAGCUGCGAGGCCCAGAACAGCCACGGGAAACAGAGCGCCACUGUCCAGCUGCUGCCAGGGAGGCCAGCAUCCAGGACUGGUGUGGUUUGGGGGGCCGCCGGGGGAUCUGGCGUCACAGCCCUGCUAGCUCUCUGCCUCUGCCUCGUCUUCUUUGUAGUGAAGAGCUACAGGAAGAAGCCAGCAGGGAAGGCAUCGGACAGAGAUGGCGUCCGGCCAGCGUUGAGUUCCAUCUCUCUGGGUCACCUCAAUGAAUUCUCUUCGGACAGCCCCGCAGACUACCAGACCCCAGCUCCGGCCACCCCCACCUCAGGGGAGGAGCAGGAGCUCCAUUACGCCACCCUCAAUUUCCACAGGCUGAGGCCCCACAACUUUCAAGACCAGGACACCACCGAGUACUCAGAGAUCAAGAUCCAGAAAUGAUGCCCCGCCGCCAACCCCACAACCAGGCUGGAGCCCAGAAAAUGCAUCUCUGAAGAAAAUGUGUGCCGGGCACCUAUUCUUGAAGACUUGACUGCCCUCUGAGCCAGAGCUUAUAAAUGAGCAGGUGAAGCUCCUUGGAGCGGCUAAAGGUCACAGAGAGUCCUUAGGUUCAAAUCCAGGCCCUGGUAACCCUAAGGGUGUUAUAUCAGGCAAGUCACUUUACCUCUCUGUGCUUCAGUUUCCUUCUCUGUAAAAUGGGGA